AUGGCACAAUCGGUCACAACGGUCCUGGUUCUGUUUCUGUGGCAGAUGUUUGCAGCCACCAGAGCCCUCAGUGAGCCCCAUGUCUACAAGGAUUUAGACCUGGAGCAGCAUCGGCGCCUGGCCCGCGGUGCCGAAGAGGAUGAGCAGCAGUCCACGUACAGCCAGUCCUUUGAGAAUGACUCUGUGACGCCGCCACAAGUCACCCAACUAUCAAACGUGACGGAUUCCGAGGACCGUGGAAUAUUCAAUCCCUUCUACCCGCUAAGCCGGAACUCCUACAUCGCCUAUGCCACCGUGCUGGCGGCUGGCCUUCUGUUGGCAGUGGGCGUGGUGGGCAACAUGGCGAUCAUGUGCAUUGUGUGGAACAACUUCUACAUGAGGUCUGCCUGGAACUACCUGCUGGCCAGUGUUGCAUUUUGGGACUUCCUGCUGCUGCUGCUCUGCCUGCCCACGGAGAUGGCCAACUGGCUGUCACAUCGCCGCAUCAUGCCUGAGAUCACCUGCCGAUUGGUUCCCUACAUGGAGGUGGUGUCUUUGGGUGUCACUUCGUUUACGCUGUGUGCUCUGGGAAUUGACCGUUUCCACGCCGCUACCAGCUCGUCUCAACCAAAGACACGGCGAGUGGAGCGUUGUCGCUCUGUACUGGUCAAGCUGGUUGUGGUGUGGGUCGCUGCGAUGCUGUUGGCCAGUCCUGAGCUCUUCUUGUGGCACCAAGCAAGGCCCACGGCUCCUACAGCUAUAGACUCAUGCUCCAUCAGCGUCUCCUCGCCGUCAUCCCUCCUCCUGCCUGACUCCCUGCACUCGCUGUUGCACAAGUACCACCAGGCUCGCAUGUGGUGGACUUUUGGCUGUUACUUCUGCCUACCUGUCCUCUUUACCAUCCUCUGCCAAAUGGCAACCCGCAACGUCCAUAGUGACUCCAGCUCCGCCCACAAGCAACGUAGCCAUGAUGACCCUUCCUCCAAUCACAAGCGCCAUCAUCACCAGGCGCUGGAGCGGCAGCUUAACUGCACUCUGUUAGCAUUAGCGCUGGUCUACAGCAUUUGCGCACUUCCACAACACAUAUGUAACAUCAUGCUAGCAUACACCAACAUCACCAUCUCUGAGGACACGGAGGCCACUCUGGCACUCUUACAUCACUUCCUGCUAUUCCUCAAGUCCUCCAUCACGCCUGUGGUGCUGCUGUGUUUAUGUAAGGCGCUGGGUCGGGUCUUUGUGGACUGCUGCUGCUGCUGCUGCCGAGCGUGUCAGCAGAACUCGGUUGAAGGUUCUCCAGGAUCUGCUCACGUCCAGCUAAAGACGGCCAAAGAGGCGGCCAUCUUCUUCGACAAAGCAAAAGACACCUCGGCCAUCUUGUCUAUCUCAAGUUAG